AUGGCAGACUUAUUGUACGCGGAAGAUUACCAUACCCAUUUUGACCCAAAAACCUACCUUGAGCUGUUUUAUAAAAACUUCAAAGGGGACAAAAAUGAAGGAUUUAUGUUGCCGUUUCUUAAAGCAUUUCAUGAGUUUUGGUCGAGCUUUAAGGCGCCAACAGACACUGAAGUUCGAUAUCUCGAGUUUGGUGGUGGACCUUGUAUAACCAACCUUGUUUUUGCUUGCCCAAAAGUGAAUCACAUUGUCUUUGCCGAGUAUGUGGAAGCGAAUAGAGAAGCCGUGAAGUCGUGGAUUGCUGGCGACGCUGAGGCCCACGAUUGGACGCCUUUAAUUGAAAUUGCUGUUCUUGAACUCGAACAAGGACGAGGCAUUGUAGAUGAGAGAAGUGAAAGUGAAACCUCCGCAGACAAAGAGAAGCUCGACUGUGUACGAAAUCGCGCUGAUGAACUGAAACGAAAAAUCGAAUCUAUUGUCCCAUGUGAUGUGAACAAAGCUCCAAUAGUCCAACUUGAUACUGAUGAUGUUGCCAAACCAUUUGAUGUUGUGUCCACCAGUUUGUGCCUAGAGGCAUGUGUGUCGUCUGAGGUGCACUACAAGAACACUGUCGCAGAACUUUGCAAAUUACUCAAACCUAACGGUUACCUAUUUAUGAACGGCGUGCUGGAGCAGUCGUUUUAUUGUGUCAGCAAAGAAAAGUUUUAUACCUUUCCCUUAACUGAGAAAAUGGUGAAAGAAGCAAUGAAAGAAGCAGGAAUACAAAUUGAGAAAUUUGUAACAAUUCCGGUAGAUUACUCAGAAGAGUGUGAUUGUAAAGCUUUAUUUUAUACUUAUGGCAGAAAAUCUGCAGGAAAGUGA